AACUGCUUGUUUUUGUCGUCUUUGUUUAUAUACUUUUUUCACGUGGUUUUUCUCGUGGAUUUUGACUUCUUGCGAGAUUUGUGUGAAUCAAACUCACAAAGUUUUUUGUAUUUAAUUUUAGUUAACAUCAGUUAAUUUAUUUUCGUGCGAAAUGUCAGGACGUUUAGCUGUGGUCGGUGGGGACAAUUUAAAUGACAGAUCGAAGACUUUUGUGUUUAUAGGCGAAGGUCACACUUUGGGUCGUGCUCUCGUCACAAUUAUGCAGAAUUUCGCCGAUGUAAUGUUUUGUUCCUACACAAUUUCUCAUCCAAAUGAAGAUAAAAUGUUGUUGCGAAUUCAGGCAAGAGAGGGAAGAGCAGUCGAUAUUCUUCGGAGAGGUUUAGAAAAUUUGAGUGACGUUUGUGAUCACACAAUGGAAACCUUCGAAAAUUCCAUCACAGAAUUUAGACUUAAAAAGUCUUUAGAAGACUCAGAAAUGAAUACUUAGGUCUAUUUUUUAUUAUAUUUUGUUUUAUUUUAUUUUAUAUUAUAAGAAUAAGGAUUUAAAAAAAUAAAAUUGUUAAAUUGCACACA